UCUUAGGUCACUCGUUAUCGAUUUUUCAGUUUUCACAAAGGAACGCAAACCUGUAGCUUCACUUUAAGUAAAGAACGGUUAAUAAGGUAUAAAUACAGUAUUUUGUAGUGUCAAGUGUAUUAUUAUUUUGUGCUUAGAUAUUUAAAUCUUUAUUUUGUACUGUAAUAUUACAGUACUACGGUCAGCAAAUACUGCAUUUAUGCUGACCUAACUUGCUAUAAGGCUUCCGAACUACGACCACACAAUUGGUCAAAUCGGGCAUCCAAAAUGCGUAUAUUUACGAUUUUGAUAAUAACAGUCGUAUUAGCCUUUGCUGACGGAGAAUCAAUAGUGAAAUAUGCCGCGGUUAUAUUUAGACACGGCGAUAGGACACCUGUGGAACCUUAUCCAACUGAUCCGUGGAAGAAUGAAUCUCUCUGGCCUGUGCGAUUUGGACAACUUACGAAUUUAGGAAUCAGACAGCACUAUGCUCUCGGCGGAAUGCUUAGAAAACGGUACUCGAUGCUCAUUUCUGAAAAAUUUGAUCCGCAAGAAGUUUAUGUCAGAUCCACAGAUGUUGACCGCACACUUAUGUCAGCCCAAGCAAAUUUGGCAGGUAUGUAUCCACCUUCUGGUGAUGCAAUCUGGAACCCAAAUUUAAUGUGGCGCCCCAUUCCAAUACAUACAUUACCUGAAACAGAAGACGAAGUUUUGGCGAUGAAGAGAAAUUGUGACACUUACAAUGUGAAAAAAAAAGCAUAUAUAAACACAGAUGAAUACAAAACCAGACUUAGUAAAUUUCAAGGACUUAUGAAUUUGCUGACUUUAUAUACGGGCAAGAAGAUUGAAGAUUAUGAGGAUAUAAACGAAAUAUAUAAUACUUUGUUAGUCGAAUCAAUACAUGACUUCACUCUGCCAAAGUGGGCUCAAUUAUUGUAUCCCGAUAAAUUGCGAGGACCAUCUUGCUACAGUUUCACCACAGCAACCGCAACUCCCAUAAUGGCACGGCUAAUGACUGGACCGCUACUAAAAGAAAUCGUCGGUAAAAUGAAUACAGUGAUAACCAAGGAGAACCCGAAUCCCUUGAAACUCUCAAUAUACAGUGGGCAUGAUUUUACGAUCGGAAAUGUGCUGAAUGCUAUGGGGUUAUAUGAUGGAAACUGCCCCGUUUACACGGCCACAAUCUUUUUUGAACUGAUGCAAGAGAAAAGCACAAUGAACUAUUACGUGCAAAUGGUGUAUAGAAACUCGACAGGAACAGCAGAGCCAUACAUUCUUGACAUCCCCGACUGUGGACAGAUGUGCCCAUUUGAUAGAUUCGUGGAAUUGUACUCAAACCUGGUCGACGUUGAUUGGCAUACUGAGUGUAGAUAUCAGAUACCGUGGCUUACUGAAGCAUUGUUCGCGUUGGAAAUGCUUGUACUUUUCUUUCUGUUAUACACAUUAUAUUACAUGAGAGUUCGUGCUGGAGAAGAGUCUAAAAGGAGAAGCCAACCUGUUUACACUAUCCCUAUAAAGGAGGAUAACAACAAUUUAGUUUAGUUAAGAGUUU